AUGACUGUUAAGAACACUACAAAUGCCAAUGGCAAUGGCAAUAUCAGAGCUGCGAUUAUUGGUGGAGGUCCAGGUGGCUUAGGUGCCGCAAUUGCCCUCUCCAAGUUGUCUUUCGUUGAUUGGACUCUGUAUGAGAAGAAGCCCGAGAUUAGCGAGACAGGCGGCGGUAUCAGUCUUCAGCUACAUACAUGGAAGAUGCUUGAAUGGAACGGGUCAGCCAAGAACAUCAAACCCAGUGACCUAUUCAGGUCUCCUGACGGUAUCAGUGGACAACAGCGCAACGGGCGGACUGGUGAGCUCAUUGAGCAAAGCUAUCAUCCCGAAGAUACACCCAUUCACCAACGCAGUGGCCGUCAGCGAAGAGCAAAGCUGCAAGCAGCUCUUCUCAAAGAGGUUGAUGCGUCUAAAAUCAAGCUCUCCAAGAAGCUCGUGGGCAUUGAAAAACUGUCAAGUGGCAGAGUCAUUAUUCGAUUUGAGGAUGGCUUUACGGAUGAGGUUGACCUCCUGAUUGCUGCAGAUGGCAUAAGAUCGGUCGUCCGGUCGUUUACUUUUCCUUCGCACAAAAUCAAAUACAAUGGGCAGUCCGCAUAUCGCACCAUCAUCAGCAAGUCUGAAGUUAAUGCUCUUGGCACGAUCCCCCAAGCGUCAACAUUCUGGCAGAAUCUAGGCGGCAGAUAUGUAUUUACGAGUCCGCUUGGGGACGACGACUUUGAAGUUACAGCACGUAUCUCCCGACCGUCAGAAGGGCAAGAUCAAGUCAGUUGGGGUCGACCCUUUGACUUCAGCACACUUGUCCAUGAGUACGAUGGAUUCUGUGAGCCUGUUCGCCAAGUUGUUCGAUUGGCAGCAAAGGGAGACACUCAAGAAUUUGCUCUGUUCUCUGGGCCGCGACUUGAUCGAGUAGUUGCUCUUGAUUCGAUAGCCCUGAUCGGAGAUGCUUCGCAUCCCUUGUCAGGAGCAUUUGGAGCGGGAGCCGGAUUUGCCCUCGAGGAUGUGUAUACACUGUCCAAAACCCUUGAGUGGGCUUGGACUCGAGGUAAAGGUAUCAAGGCGGCCCUGGAGCUGUACGACCGUAUCAGGUCACCGCAUUAUCAUGAUCUAUAUAAUGUCCUGGAUUGGUAUGCAGGCAUUGGUAAGGAGAUUGCGGCAGAGGGGCUAUCCGUGGACGACGAAAUUGAGGCAAAAGUGAGAAGAACAAAGGGCAAGAAAUCGAACUGGAUGUAUUCCUACGAUAUCCAGACUGUGGUCGAUAAUGUCCUUGAGGGCUUGAAUAGCAAGGACAACUGA